CCCCCCCCCUCAACAUCCGCACUCAUCUUCGACCUUCGUAUCCUGUCUCAUCCUCGACAUACGGCUCUCAAGUGCAUCGGUACCGCAGAGCACAGCCAGUGUUCCUUUAGCCAGGUGUCGAUUUGAACAAGCCUACGUCACGCAACCGAUAGACACAGCCACAACACACAAUCUCUUUCCUUGCCUCGCCUAUCACACAUCUCAAGCCUCGAGCUUUGAUCAUCACCCAGUCCACAACACAGACCUCGGCCGCGUCUGAGAGAUCAUGUCCGGUUACUCGGGGUUACCUGCGCGCCCGGUGGAAGCCUCUCCUACCCGCUCGCCCGAGCGUCCCCCUCCACCAGAUGACCGCGGGCGUGCUGGAUACGACGCGCCCCCUCAUCGUGACUACGAGCGUGGGUAUGACUCGGAGCGUCACUAUGGAGGUUCACGUGAUUAUGAUGACCGCUGGCAAGACGACUACGAACGCAAGCGCCGCCGAUCGCCUUCUCCCAGCUACCCACACCAGCGUCAGCGCCGUCGAUCCCCUUCCCCAGGGCGCUACAACCAACUUCCUGACCCAGCGAGCUUGGAGACGGUCCUCACCUUCAAGCAGUUUGCUGAGUGGUUCCGCGUCUCCCAUCCCCAGACGGCCAAGGACGACGACGAGGACUUGCGCCGCAUUCGCGCCGACGUCGAGUCUGGCGCGUUGCCCAAAUCGGUGCUAGUCGAGAAGCACGGUAUGGCCAAACGCUACGAGAGGUACAAGAAGGAGUACUAUUCGCGUCAGCUUUUUGCGCUGUAUCUCACCCACCGGGACGAUGCAUGGUUCCAGGAGCGUUAUGGACAGAGCGAGGAGGUCGCGGCAUUGCGGCGGCGAGUCAACCGUCAAGGCCGCGUCCCAGCCGUCGAGCAGUACAUAGCCGAGCUGCGCGACGGCAAGUGGGACGACGCAAAUUACGAUCACUCCGAAGACAAGCUGCAGCCGCCAGAGGUCAGGGAUGCAAUGGACCGCGCUCUCGGCGACGAACCGCACGACCCUCUGCGGAUGGUCGUUCCUCCCCGCCCUGGACAAGUGUUCGUCAAAACAGUGCCCCCGACCACGAAACGAAAGGACCUAGAAGGUGUCUUUGCCAAGCACUCUGGCUUCCAGUGGUUGGCUCUGUCUGAGCCCUCGAUGAAGCGCAGCUUCCACCGCGUUGGAUGGGCGCAGUACGAGGAUGGCGUCAACGUGGAAGACGUGGUCAACACCAUUGACGGUUCCAAGGUUGACAACUUCACUUUCCAUAUGGGCGUCAAUGCCUCUGCUAUCGUCGGGCGUAUACGCUUGACUCCUGCCAUCGCAAACACGUUGACGCGAAUUGAGACCGACGCUGAACGCGCGCGCGAGCUCGCCCUCAAGCUCGAGGACGAGCUGAUGGAGACCGACGCACCGCCGUCGGAGCCGCCCGCAGACGGCGAGGGAGCCGAAGGCGUCGAGGAGCAGGAAAAGGAAGAUAAGGCACGCGGUCUCCACGAGCGUGGAAGCGAUGCUGUGGCUGACGUUGUCACCCGUUUGCUUGCUCAGCAGGGUCUCGACGGCGACGAACUGGACGAGGAGCAACGCUUGCGCAAGGCCAAGAUUACUCUUGACCAGUACCUCUCCUACUUGCGCAAUGCCCUCAACACGUGCUACUAUUGCGUCGUGCCGACUGCGUUCCCCGAAGAGUUGCAGCGCAAGUGUGUCCAGCAUCUGCGUGCGCCGGAGGAGACGACAGCGAAUGACGAGUCUGGCCGUGACGGGGAGGAGGACGCAAAGGAAGGCGAUGGAGCCGUGGCUGAAAGCCGUGAAACCGAGGACAGUACGCCCCGCGAGGCUCCCAGCAAGAGGUACACGUACCCGUCCAAAAGCAGUGAGGAGCGGUGGGUGGAGAAUUUGGAUCUCAAAGUGCGGGGCAUCAUCGAUGAGGAUCCGGAUGUGGUCGAGUACGGCGGGCGUGACAUUGAGGACGAGCAGCGCCGCCUGCUGGCGCCUUACAUCAAGCAGGAGGAGGUUGACAAGUACCGCUGCAAGGAGUGCGGCAAACUCUUCCGCGCACCGGAAUUCGUCAUGAAGCACAUCAUGAGCAAGCACAACGUCACUGUCAAGGACAAGCUCGACGAGAUGCACGUGUUCAACGCGUUUGCACUUGACCCGCAGCAUCUGCAGCCGACGAGCUCGACGCUCGCCGCAGUCGACGACCAGCUGCCCUCCCGUCCUGCGCUCUCAGCCUUCAACCCAGCCGUCGCCAGCCAGGCAAUGUUCAACCCUGCAGCAGCAAGCCAGCCUGGCUUCAACAUGGCCAUGCAGCAGCAGAUGAUGAUGAUGAUGCACAUGCAGAUGAUGAUGCAUGGCGGCAGCACUGGGAUCGCUGGUCCCGCCGCCGGCCCCAGCCCCGCAAAGGGGCGGACGCGCGACUUCGAUGCUUCCGAACUCCCGCCAGCACCGCCGGGCGGCGAGGACCCACGCGCGCGCAAGGGUCCCAUCUCGUACCGCGACCUGGACGAGCCUUCGGGUGCAGGCGAUGGUGGCCUCCCGUAUUAGGUUAAAAGCAGCAUGCAUUAGGGAGAUGAGCUGAA